AAGUACGGAGAGAGAGUUAUGUAUGGAAAGUGUAAACCCACUUCACCGGCAAGGACGGGAUUCCGGACUUCGAACCCAAACCCUACACCUACUCGCAUCUCUUAAAGCCACAGUUGUUACUCUCUGUCAGCCCCCCAGCAAUGGCGAGGAAGCGAAAGCUCAAUCUCGAGUCCAAAUCCGCUGAGGCAACUCAACCCCCGAAGAAGCAACAGCAACAACAAAAGCAGAGAGAAGAGGAUCGUACCCACUUCGAAGCCGAGGAAGACCAAGAAAACGUCGAAUACGAAGAAGAAGAAGAAGAAGAAGAAGAAGAAGAAGAGGACGAAGAAGAUCCCUAUAUACCCCAGAAUGCGGUCAAUCAGACAGCGAACGCCUCCACGUCAGCCGCUCGUGCGACUUCGGGGAGAGAUCCAUACGGCGAAGAUGAUGACGAAGAGCUCAUACAGAAGGUUCUUGAGCCGUUCAGCAAGGAUCAGAUUGUAAACCUGCUCUGCGAAGCAGCGGAUAAGCACCCGGACGUGGCGGAUCGGAUCCGAAAGGUUGCGGACGAGGACCCGGUACACCGCAAGAUCUUCGUCCACGGCCUUGGGUGGGACACGAACGCCGAGACCCUCUCCAACGUGUUCAAGCAGUACGGCGAGAUCGAGGAUUGCAAGGCGGUGUGCGACAAGGUCUCUGGCAAAUCCAAGGGCUACGGUUUCAUCGUCUUCAAGACCCGCAGCGGGGCCCGGAAGGCCCUCAAGCAGCCCCAGAAGAAGAUCGGCAACCGGAUGACCGCGUGCCAGCUUGCCUCUAUCGGCCCGGUCCCACAAGCGAGUGCUACCGCGGCGGCUCCCUCGCCGCCCUUGUCGGAAUAUACGCAGAGGAAGAUAUACGUGAGCAAUGUUGGGGCUGAGUUGGAUCCUCAGAAGCUGCUUACGUUCUUCUCCAAGUAUGGAGAAAUUGAGGAAGGGCCGUUGGGGCUCGAUAAGCUGACGGGGAAGCCCAAGGGGUUUUGUUUGUUCGUGUACAAGACGUUUGAGGGCGCCAAGAAGGCUCUGGAAGAGCCGCACAAGAAUUUUGAGGGCCAUGUAUUGCACUGCCAGAAGGCUAUUGAUGGUCCGAAGCCGAACAAGUCGAACCCUCACAACGCGCAAUUACAUAGGAAUGAGAACCCCGCUUUUGUUGGUGGAGUGUCUUCGGCCGCGGCCACACCAGGUCACUUGAUGGUUCCGCCGCCUACUGGGGCGGGGAUUGGGUUGAAUCCUGCGCUUGGGCAGGCAAUAACGGCAUUGCUUGCAAGUCAGGGUGCCGGGUUGGGCCUGACUAAUCUGUUGGGGACGCUGGGAUCCGUGAAUCCAGGUGUGCCCACUGCUGCUGCGGGGCAUGCUUAUCCAAACCAGGCGCAUAUGAUUGGAGGGUAUGGGAAUCAAGGGGGAAUGCAGGGCGGAUACCCCAACCAGCAGGCGGGACAAGGUGGUUCCGGAAGAGGCCAGCAUGGUGUUGUGCAAUAUGGUGGCGUUGCACCUUACAUGGGGCACUAGGUAUCCCUGAGGUCAGAUACCACUUAAGUGCAUCAGUCUUUUAGUACUGGCCUGGGAUUCUUCUGAAGCUUAAGGAGAUGAUGCAAAUGGCGUCUUUAUAGUAUAUGAUGAAAUGUUACUGUUUGGAAACUUCAAAGAACAGAAUCUUAAAACUGUCAUUUGGAGUUUUGAUUUUCUGUCCUUCUUUUCUUCCUCAUUUCUCCUUUCUUUCCUUUCAAAAUAUUGUAGUAUUUGGACUUCCAAUAUAUGGUUUUAAUGCUUUGGAAUUGUUUUAGUAUUUUCAACUAAAGAUCUAUCAUACUUUGUGGAGUUUGGGAGUUUAAAUGAACGUAACUUUUUUUUU